UCAAACGAUCGAGUCCUCUUUAGUUUCUCCAAGCCCUUCUCCUUCUCCUCCUCCUCCUCUUUUGGAGGAAAGCGUUAUGCCCUUUCCUCUCCUCUCUCCCUCCUUUAAUUAAGACCAUUUCCUCACUUCCCUUGUAUAUAUAGACAUACAUAUAAUAUGUAUAUAUAUUUAUAUUUAUUCAUGUCAAGUCCCGUUGAUGCUCCCAAAGCAUAUAUAGAGAGACAUUGCUACCUAUAAAGCCUUCACACAUCAACCCUCCUCUCUUUGAUCAAAUUAGUUUCUAUUUGAAGAUUGGUUGCAUAUAUAUAUAUAUAUGGCUUCAUUGGGCAAUUUCAGCUUGUUGCCUUUGAUACUAGUGGUGCUAGCUGGGGUUGCGUGCUUCCCGACAGAGUCACUGGCCACGUCGAGGUGGGCUCUCGUCAAGAAUGAAGUGAAGCACUUUGGGUUCGAGGUGACACUCAAGCACAUCGACUCGGGCAAGAACUUCACCAGAUAUGAGCGCCUGCAGCGCGCCCUCACUCGGGGCCAGCACCGGCUGAACAGACUCAGCAAGAUGGUCCUGGCGGCAGGUUCAACCUCGGAACUGGAAGCUGAGUCCCCCAUCCACUCGGGGAAUGGGGAGUUCCUGAUGCAGCUUUCCAUCGGCACGCCCGGUGCGAGCUUCCCGGCGAUCAUGGACACCGGGAGCGAUUUGAUCUGGACCCAGUGCAAGCCCUGUUCCCAGUGCUAUGACCAGCAGACGCCGAUCUUCGACCCCAAGAAGUCGUCCAGCUUCACGACACUGUCGUGCUCGAGCAACCUCUGCAUGGCACUGCCCACGUCCAUGUGCGACAGCGGUGGGUGCGAGUACCUCUACACUUAUGGCGACUACUCCUCCACUCAGGGUGUCAUGGCCACUGAGACGUUCACGUUCGGAGAUUCUGGGGACAGCCAAGGGGUCUCGGUCCCGAAAGUAGGGUUUGGGUGCGGGCAGGACAAUGAGGGAAGCGGCUUCUCCCAGGGUGCCGGGCUCGUGGGCCUGGGGCGUGGGCCGUUAUCCCUCGUGUCGCAGCUUGGUGUGCCCGAGUUCUCCUAUUGCCUGACCUCGAUCGAUGACUCAAAGACAAGCAAGCUCUUGAUUGGGCCCCAAGCAAUUGGCAAUAAAACAUCCUCAAGUGCAAUCAUAACCAUCCCACUGAUUAAGAACCCAUCACAGCCAUCAUUCUAUUAUCUUCCCCUUGAAGGAAUCUCUGUCGGGGACACUCGUUUGCCCAUCAAGAAAUCCACCUUUUCCCUCCAAAGUGACGGGAGUGGCGGCCUCAUCAUCGACUCCGGCACGACCAUCACCUACCUCGAGGAGAGCGCCUUUGACCUGGUCAAGAAGGAAUUCAUCUCCCAGACAAAGCUCUCAGUCGAUAAGUCAGGGACGGCCGGGCUCGACCUCUGCUUCACGCUUCCCUCGGGGUCAGCCCAGGUCGAGGUCCCGAAGCUCGUGUUCCACUUUGAGGGUGCGGACCUAGACCUGCCAGGGGACAACUAUAUGAUAGCAGACUCGAGCGUCGGGCUCAUGUGCCUCGCGAUGGGGAGUUCGAGCGGGAUGUCGAUCUUCGGGAACGUGCAGCAGCAGAACAUGAUGGUCGUGCAUGAUCUUGAGAAGGAAACACUAUCUUUCAUCCCAACGCAGUGCGAUCAAUUAUGAGCAAUGUCUUCAUCUAAUCUCUGAACUAGUCCAAAGGCGUGCGUUUACUUUUUUGUUUGCGUGAUAUUUUACUAAUGAUAUUUACAUUUUAGUUCAUCAACUUAAUAAAAAUAACAUUUCUACGUG